CCUCCACUAUGAGAGCUUCCGAGUUCUGGGUCUCAACUUUCUCCCUCUUAUCUCUCUCCCUCUCUCUUUUUCAGCUUUGAUUAGUUGAUUGUUUCUUUCCACGUUCUUUCUCAAAACAGAAAAAAUACUUAGACAAGUCGAGCUCUUGACCUUCUGUCGCCUUCUUUCUCUUCUCCAACCCCUUGACGAUCUGUGAUCUGUUCCAUUCUUUCUCCCGAGAGGACUCGCCGUUCUUACACGAUAACGCGCUCUCCCCAACCUCACGAUUUUACCUUUUUGAACCAUUCUCCCUCUCUCUCCCUUGGCAUACCUCGAUUCUCGAUUGAUUUGUAUAUCUGGACGAUUUCCCAAAGCGAAUUUCGACAACGGAACUCACCAGCCGAGAACCUGAGUCCGACUUACACACGCACGAAACACACGAGACCAAAAAACACCCAAACCGGCAGAAAACCAAAAAAAAAACAUGUUCACAAUGCUCGUCCAGACCUUCCUCGUCCUCCUCGCCGCCACCACGGCCCUCGCGGCCCCGGCCGGCCGGAAUCACAAGUGGCCCCGCUUCACCGUCCCCCAGCAGCACUUCGAGGUCCUCAGUAUGCGCAGCCAGGAGCCCGUGAACCCGGCCGCCAUGCUGGAGGCGACCUGUAUCGACCGCAACGCCCACAUCGUCUUCCACGACCAGAACGCCGCCGAGCUGGCCAUCUGCGGCGGCAUCUCGGGCGACGUCGCCGCGUGCCGGGGCGGCCCUGCCACCACCGUGGGACAGGCCGGCUCCGCGCGCUUCACCCUCCGGCCCACCGUCGCGGGCGCGUCCCUCACCAUCGCCAAGGCCCGGUGGGAGCAGUGCGUCCGCGCCGCCCGCGACAAGUGCCCGACCGGCAGCGUCCGCGCCGUAUGCGCCGGCGGCGCGACGGCCGGGGACGUUGAGUUUACGCUUGAGAACGCGCAGAGCGCGCAGAGCGGCGCUGAGCUGUGACCAGGGGACGGUAUGGUCUAAGGGAGAAAGCCCCCCUCCCCGCCCCUUGCGCUUCGAUGGUGGUGGUUUUGGGGCUGCGGGACACUUUGUUAGUGUGAUGAGAGUGUUUUCUUGUGUACUAUUUUCUUCUCCGAAAGAGGUUUCCGUGACUAAGGAAGAUACCUUUUUGGCGUAUAUCUGCGCCAGGUUUAGAUGCGUGGGUAUUUUUGGGCUAGGUUCGGGAUCGGUCGUUUUCACAGAGGUCGAAUCUCUUCCCCUCCCCCAGACAUUGUAUAUACUACCAGGUAUGCAUGGGGCAUGCCGCAGCUGUACAGACAUCCUCUGUGGAAAUCUGUAUCACGAAUUUAGAAAGCGGAAGGGCCUCCUUGGCCUUCCAAACCGAACCCCUUUCUCCCGUCUAUAACAUAAAUAUCAUUGGGGUAUCAUAAAACGCCUUUCAAUGUGCAUGUCCUCUCCGCACAAACUCUCCAAGUGUCAAUAAAUCCCACGCCCACCCGC